UUCUCGUACUACAUACAGUACUGCAGCUAGUGGUAAGCACUCAACGUUCACACCGUUAGGUUCAUCCUCUAUAGCGGACAGGCCUAGUACUCAAAGUAUGCUCUGGGUGGUUUGGAUAGCUUACUCGAACGCCGCGGUUUGGGAACAGUUCUGGUCUUCGCCGCUUCGAUUCCUGACACGAUGGGCAUGCACUCACACCCAGACUGCACGAGCGAAAGCGAAAGAACGACGUGAUUCUAAUCUCGUCUGCAUCUCGGAUACGCAUAAUGUACACCGUUCACUACCUCCCCUUCCUCAUGAAGACAUCCUCAUUCAUGCAGGGGGCUUGACACAGUCAGGAACCUCGCAUGAGCUUGAAGACGCACUUGACUGGCUUAGCAGUCAACCCCCAUGAUCAUAAGGUCUUUAUAGCGGGCAAUCAUGAUGCUGCUUUGGCUGAGCCCAGCACACGUAGCAUUGCUCUCUCGGCUCAUCCUGAGCUAAUAUACCUCGAGGGAUCAUUUGUCAUUAUCAAUGUUCGCGGCCGAGAUAUUCAGAUUGAUGGCAGUCCUCAGACCCCUCGUCAUGGAUCAUGGCCAUUUCAGUAUCCCCGAGUUCCGGCAGACGAGGCAUUCACGUCAACCAUCUGGUCUGACGUUCCAAUACACACUGACGUGCUCGUUACUCAUGGACCUCCUGCAUAUCAUCUAGAUUUGAGAGGGAGUGGAUGCCCAGUUUUGCUCCAUGCAAUUUGGCGCAUCCGGCCUAAACUUCAUGUCUUCGGGCACAUACACGCUGGUUAUGAUCUUGAAUACGCUCAAUGGAGCGAAGCGCAAAGGACGUAUGAGGACAUUUGUGCCGGACACAGUGGCUGGUUAAGUCUUUUCGCCAUGGUACGAAAGGUUCUUCGAAAGGCCGUGGGUUGGAAUUUGCAUCACAGCUUGGGCACGAUUAUGAUAAAUGCUUCUGUUGUUGGUGGUGUAAGGGACGAGAGGCGAAACGAAGCAGUUGAUACGGCGUUCAACAGUCGUGAGCUGGAGUAUUGCUAAGAAUGUGCUUGUCUCCUGACGGCACCUACUGUAAGUGCUUGCCAGUUUGUAGUCGCCUUCUCUUUCGAAUGUAUCAAAGUAAACGAAAUCAUCCAUUGUCGAUUCACUAAAUGAAUGAACA